CGAGUUUCUCACUUGAAAGUGCCUCAAAGAGGAUCACUUUCUUCCCGGCCGUGCCAUCUGUGGGACUUAGAGGCAUAUCAAUAUUGAUCAAAGCAACAUGAAUCACGUAGAGCUAUCGGAGGACGCACUGGACGUCGGAGCCGUUCUCGCACAGGUUGGAUCUCAUGACUGCGGCGCAACAUCGGUCUUCUUGGGAACCACGCGCAAUCACUGCGAUGGAAAGCCAGUUUACAGGGUGAGUUACGAAGCGUACGCGCCCAUGGCGAAGCGCGAAAUGCUGCGCAUCUGCGAAGCCAUUCGUGAACGGUGGGCCGUGAAGAACAUCGCCAUCGUUCACCGGCUGGGAGACGUGCCGCUGGGCGAGUCCAGCGUGCUCAUUGCCGUCUCCUCCGAACACCGCCAGGAGGCGAUGGACGCGUCGAAGUACGCCAUCGACGAGCUCAAGCGACGUGUGCCGAUUUGGAAGAAGGAGCACUACAAUGACGAUCACGAACAGUGGAAAGCGAACAAGGAGUGCUUCUGGACCGAAGGACGCUGAACUUUGAAGUUUUUCUAGCUGUUGUUAUGCGUCUGAGGUGGGUUUUAUAAAAGGGCGAAUGUCUUAUUGGGUCAUGCCUUUGAGAG